AUGGCCCGUUGUGUUUGUGAGUGUGGAUUCCGAACAUUCGGUAAUCGGGCCAUUGCCGUUACUAUAUUAACCACUAUUGUGUUUGUGCAAUAUACUAUCGCUCAGGUGUUAUUGCGACCAGAGGAUAUCUUACGUUCAAAACGCACAAUUGAAGUGCCGUUAGGCCGGAGUCUAUACAUUACUCCAGAGGAUUUGAAAUUAUAUGUUAGGCCAGACGAUCGAUGUACUGUCACGGUGUUAGAAAAUGACCCCCUAUCUCAAAGACCUGGCAAACUUAUGCCCACUGUGUUCCCUUGUGACUUCGGACCAAGAGAUGUUCAAUACGCACAUUUUGGAUCUCGAAACCCAUCGGAGGAUAAACUUCGAUUACAAAUUCGUUACGACUCUACUACUCAAACCCUCCUUAUUCCAUUUACACUCACGUUUAAAGUUUCAUUUGAACAGUUACAAGUCGUCACUCGUAAUCUACCUAUCAAUGUAAAUGAAUUACGCGGAUUAAGUCAACCGAUUGAUUCAGAGGUUCUAGAGUUCUAUUUUGAUCGUGAGGUUGAAUUGUGCAAAGUGACAAUCUUGUCCAGUGCUAGUGGAUUACCGCGAUAUGGCCGCAUUGCAAACAAUACCGAUCUCUUGUCCAUGGUCGACUGCGACGAAUUCCUUAACUUGGGGAUCCGUUAUCAACAUACGUGGGACAAAACUUCGCCCGAUCGUGAUUUUAUUCCCAUGGUUGUUGAGGUAUUUGACUCGGAUGGGACUAUUAUCAAGCAAGAAUAUUUCCAAGUAACGGCAAGAAUUCGGGGUGGAAAGGCCAACACUCGUCCGCAACAGAGCGUCGAUGCAUUGCUCGUUAUGGAAGUCGAUCAAUUUGUUAUGACGGCUAUCACUGAUGAGAUCCUAUCUGCUUACGACGAGGAAACCAAUUCUGAUUAUUUGAUCUUUAACAUAACCCAGAGAUUAGAAGACGACGAGGGUGAAAUAGUUAGCACCGAUGAUCGCUAUCAGCCUGUCAAAUCGUUCUAUCAAAGGGACGUUAGAGAUUUUAAGAUAGCGUUUAAGCCGUCUGCGAGAGAUUCUGACCGUCAACGCAUUUAUCAAAUUGGUAUGGAGAUCAUCGAUUCUGAAGGACUUUCUUCUGAUCCUUUUAUGCUCAUGAUAGUGGUCAAACCCAUGAAUACAAUGGCCCCUGUUGUAACAACAAAUCGCGGUCUUCAACUUUUUGAGGGUCAAUCUCGAUAUCUCCAAAGCGAUCUCAAUCUGCGUAUAUCGGAUGAAAACGAUUUACAAAAUGUAAGGAUAUUCGUUGACAAUGGAUUAAGACAUGGACAGCUGAUAAUCCCCGGCGGUCGUAAAUUUUUCACGCCAAAAGACUUAAAGGAAGGGACAGUUAUUUACCAACACGAUGAUAGUGAUACCUAUAGCGAUAAUAUCAUAUUCAAAAUGACCGACGGACGAAAUGAGGUAGAGUUUCUGUUCCCUAUUUCUGUUUACCCCGUCGACGACGAACCGCCAAUUCUAAACGUGAAUACUGGUUUAGAAAUUCGUAAAAACGAAUUAGCAGAAAUAUCCCCAUUUGUCCUUAGUGCAACAGACGUCGAUAGCGACGAUAGCCAAAUCGAAUUCCUUUUGCAACCCCCAUAUUCGACAGAAGGCAUCAUUCUUAGGCGACAAUUUGAAGUUCCCCAAAAUACAGACGAUUGGCAGUUUACAAAUGGCGUUUACGAAAAAAUUGUCCAAAGGUUCACUCAAAUGGAUAUUAUGGAUGGGAAGAUUUUUUAUCAGCACGUUGGAUCUCAUCAUUCAGAUUUUAUAAUGGACAGAAUUCGUUUUAAAUUAUCUGAUGCCGGCGAACCACCUAAUACUUCUGAGCAGGAAGAAUUCAUCGUCAAAGUGGCACCGGUAGAUGAUCAGUUGCCAUACAUGUUCCCGGAUACACCAUUAAAAAUGAACGUCAACGAAUAUCAGGUUACGGAAUUUAAACGGAAAUUCCUUCGAUUUACCGAUGAUGACACCGACGACAGGCAAUUGAGGUACACCGUUACCAUUCAACCACAUGAUACCGACCCCAACACUCCACUAGAACCAGGUGUACUCGUCAUGUGCGAUGACAAAAAACGCCGUGUGAACACUUUCACUCAAGCACAGGUCAACCAUCAUAAAAUUUGCUUCAAACCACCAAGCGCAGAGCUAGGAUUUGUCCCAAGAAUAAUUCAAUUUGGAUACGAUGUGGAGGAUAUCAACGGUAAUGUCAUUCGGGACCAACGCUUUACUCUGCUCAUUAAACCCAUCGACAACCAGCCUCCUAGGGUCAUCAAUAGUGGUCUCAACGUAAUUGAAGGACAAUUCACGAUUUUGACACCACAAAUGCUGGAUGCGGACGAUCCAGAUACCGAUGGCUCAAAUAUUAGAUUUGUUAUGGACAAACUACCUUCUCAUGGUGCACUUCAACUAGAUGAAGACAUUCUGGAUGUAGGUGAUUCCUUUGAUAGAGAACACAUUAGGAGUGGCCGAGUGGCUUAUUUCAAUAUCAGAGACGAUAACGGUGAAGACAACUUCAUUAUUGAUGUCACAGAUGGUACUCACAGAGUUCCUGUCAAAUUCGAUGUCAAAAUCGAUUUCAUCGAUGACGAGCCUCCUACAUUGAUCGGUAUUGAUUCUGGAACUCUUGGAAUCACACUAGAAGUUCCUGAAAAUGACAAGGUCAAGAUCACUCCCGAGCAUCUUAAAGCUUCCGAUCCAGAUACUGAUGACCUAAGACUCACGUUUGUUAUUUCCAGAGCGCCCUACGAAGGGGCAGUUCUGUUGAAUGGCAGACAAACAGAAGAGUUUACUCAGAGGGAAAUAGAACACAGAAGAGUUGAAUACAGGCAUGCUGGGGGAGAAGUUGGACCUGUUGGUCGUAAUGAUUCUUUUAAACUGAUGCUCACGGACAAGUCUGACGAUUUCAUUGUAGGGGGCAACAGAAUCAGCGAGAUCUCCGUACAUGUGAAGAUUGUACCACAGGACAGUGUUGCUCCCAUUGUCAGUAUAGGUGCACAUUUUGAGGUACCCGAAAACGACAAGGCACCCAUUCUACCAAUCCAUUUUGACGCCACUGAUAUUGAUACUGAUGACGAAGAUAUUACUUGUACUAUUGUUUCUCAACCUAUCCAUGGGUAUGUGGAAAAUAUAUCUCCAGCUCCAGGUUCCGAGAAACCUAGAACUGGUAUACCUGUUUCAGCUUUCAGCAUAAAAAAUGUAAGGCUUGGACAGGUCAACUAUGUUCAGAGCGUUCACAAAGGAGUUGAACCUCGACAGGACUCUUUUAAUUUCUAUUGUUCAGAUGGCGUCAACAAUUCACCAACCAGCCAAUUUACUGUGAACAUUAUUCCAGAGAAUGAUGAAGUUCCCGAAGUGUUCCUCAGAGAAUUCAUGGUGGUAGAGGGCAUGAACCUAAUGAUUGAUUUGCCCAUCUUGAAUGUGGUUGAUGAAGAUUACCCGGACCCAACCGAACUUUUGUUCACCAUCACCAAGUUCCCUGAUCAUGGUCAGAUAGUACAACAGAGCAGCGAGGGAUCAUUUCCAGUAGAAAGAUUCACUUUUGAUGACAUUAAUGAGCGAUCCACCAUAGAGUAUGUUCAUGACGAUACAGAGACCUUGUCGGAUUCCUUUGAAUUUCUACUGACAGACGGAAAAUACAACAUUACCAAGGUGGUACCAAUCAUAGUUAUUCCCCUUGAUGAUGAAACACCUCGAUUGACGAUCAACAAUGGAUUGGAGGUGGAUGUAGUUGGAGAUGUGGUCACCAUUACCAACGAUGAUCUCAAAGCUGAAGAUUUAGAUUCCAAGGAUCCUGAAUUGACAUUCAUUGUUCGACAGAUGCCGAAGUAUGGCUACCUUCAGAAGUUAGUCAAUAAUUAUGCUUACAAUAUUACCCUUAGCUCUAAUUUCACUCAAAAUGACAUUGAUUUGGAGCAUAUCCAAUAUGUCCAUACCGGUUUAGAAGGGGUGCGAGACCUGAUCAAAUUUGACGUCACUGAUGGACUAAAUCCUCUAAUCGACAGAUAUUUCUAUAUAACCGUGGAAGGAAUUGAUAUGAUCUACCCUACUGUUGUCAAUAAGGGCAUGGAACUGCCCGAAGGUGGAAGAGUGGUGUUGUCUACUGACUUAUUGGGAGGGACUGAUCUCAACACACCUGAUGAGAACUUGCAAUUCAUUGUGACUCGUGCCCCUGGUCGAGGACAUUUAGAACUGACAGACAUGCCAGGUGUUCCCAUCACAUCAUUCUCUCAAUUGGAUUUAGCUGGAAGCAAAAUUGUGUACAUCCACACCAGCCAGGAUGAAAUGAAAAUGGACAGUUUUGAAUUUGAGGUGACGGAUGGUUUCAACCCUGUGAGCAGGACGUUUAGAAUCUCUAUCAGUGAUGUGGACAACAAGAAGCCUGUUCUCAUGUUCCAUACUCUAAGACUCAAAGAAGCUGACAAUAAGCUCAUAACUCCAUUUGAGUUGAAGGCUGAAGAUCGUGACACAGCUGACAAACAGACUGUUUUCACCAUCACCCAAACACCUAUCCAUGGAAACCUCUUAUUCAACAACACCAGGAUAGUCACAUCUUUUACUCAAGAAGAUCUGAACGAGAACAUGAUCACCUACCAGCAUGAUGGAUCUGAGACAACACAAGACAGUUUCUCUUUCACAGUGUCUGAUGGUAGUCAUGCAGAUUUUUUUGUGUUCCCUGAAACCACCUUAACAACUCGCAGACCUCAGACAAUGCAUAUUGAGAUUAAGCCAGUGGAUAAUGGCACUCCACAAAUAUCUGUCAACACUGGUGCUUCCACUCUACAGAAUCUUGGAGGAGGUCGUUUUGGAUUUACUAUCAACACUAAAGCUCUAAAGACUAGUGAUAGGGAUAGUCCUGAUUUUAAAUUAAAGUACACCAUCACCUCAGAACCAAGAUAUGGCUAUAUAAUCAACACAGCCAUUGGAAAUAGAAGCAUUGAUACAUGGACACAAGGUAACCGUGAAUUGAAAACAAGCCAAGAUUUGUGUCUGGUCAUGCUGAGAACUGAAAGAAUAUAG